AUGCCACCGAAAUCACCCCUACCACUCUGCGAGGAGUGGACGGACCCGGAUGCCUACGUCGAUGAGCUUCUGUCCUUUAUUACCUCGUCCGAUCUGUUCAGACAUGUCUGUGGCGGGGUUCAUAUGCAAGAUUUCCUGACGCGGCAGCCCGAUCUGUAUACUUCGUUGUUGCCCGAAUCAUGGAGGACGUUUUUCGACAAGCAUGAGAUGCAAGAUAUUCUGCAUCUCCUGCUCAGAGAGGACAUUUGUGCGCUUCGGGACCGGGGUCGAAAUGAGUCUGCGAAUCGGGAGAGACAAGAUGGCUGGAAUGGAGGCCCGUCACCACCGGCAGACCUCGUCGAGUAUAUCUACCAAAUCCGAAGAUUGAGUCUGGGACGCGACUUUAUCCCCGCGCAAUCCACGAUCCCAACAAUACCGCGGCAUAUCUCGGUCGGAAUGAAUAUGAAGAAAUACCACGAGGUGGCGCAUUUCUCCGACUACGUCGACUCCCUCUGUAACACUGUCGCGAAACAACGAGGCGAGGAGAUCUCCCACAUUGUCGAUUUCGGAUCGGGUCAGAACUAUCUGGGACGCACCCUUGCGAGCCAACCAUACAACAGACAUAUUAUUGCCAUUGAGCGGAGACAUCAGUAUAUCCGGGGCGCAAAGGGAUUCGACGUGCAUGCCAAACUGUCUGAGAAACAAGUGGUUUUCUACAACAAAAAGGAAGAUUCCUGCAAGGUCUGCAAAGACUCGGAGGAGCCGGCGGUGCAAAACCCAAAUGUGCCGCCGCAGGCGAUGGAGAUCGUGCAGAGCACUCCUGGGGAAAGUGCACCAGAACCCGUGAACGGGGACGACGAUGAUGUCACUGUCGUUAAUGUGUUUCGGGAUGUGAGCCUAGAGCCAGGCGAGUUUGGAUUCAAACCGGCCGACAAGGGUGCACACGCACCAAAACCCAAGAAACCCGUUGUUGAUGAAGAGGCUCUAAAGCCAGGCGGAGCCAUGGACUACAUCGAACACGAGAUCAAGGAUGGGUAUCUGGAGCCUAUCAUCAAAGACGUCGUUGAAUCGCCGCCAGACGCUGAAUCGGAUUCGCAAGUCGCGAAGGUUACCAAGAAUGCCACGGACCCCAAUGUCAUGGUGAUUUCCCUGCACUCAUGCGGAAACCUCCUCCACCACGGCGUCCGUUCCCUGGUCUUGAACCCCUCCGUCAAAGCGAUCGCCAUGAUCGGCUGCUGCUACAACCUCGUCACCGAACGACUCGGUCCCGCAACCUAUAAACUCCCCAUCCUCCGCUCCCUCCACCCACGCCUCACAAAAGAAGCCCUAGCCUACGACCCCCAUGGCUUCCCCAUGUCCAAGCGCCUCGAAAACUUCGAGCACGACAGCGGCAAGGGCGUCAAAGUAAACAUUACCGCGCGCUCCAUGUCCCUCCAAGCACCCUACAAUUGGUCCCGCCCCGAAAGCGAGAACUUUUUCACCCGCCAUUUCUACCGCACCCUGCUCCAGCGCAUUCUUGUCGACCGCAAGAUCGUCUCCAGACCUUCUGUCCCGACGGACCUCUACGAAGCAUCCCCAUCCAAAGAAGAUGCCGGAAACCCGCUAGUCGUGGGAUCCCUCCGCAAAUCCGCUUUCGUCUCGUUUUCCGCUUACGUGCGCGCCGCAACCGCGAAACUCACCCGCGAUCCUCAAUUUGGGGAGAAAGUUCGCGCCGGCAUGGAAGGUCUUACUGAGGAGGAUCUAGACCGCUACGAAAAGGAUUUCCAGCAGGCGAAGAAGCAACUCAGCAUUACGUGGAGUUUGAUGGCGUUUAGUGCGUCGUUGAUCGAGGCGGUUAUUGUUGUUGAUCGGUGGCAGUUUUUGAGGGAACAUGAGGAGGUCAAAGAUGCUUGGGUUGAGCCCGUUUUUGAUUACGCGGAGAGUCCGAGGAAUUUGGCUGUGAUUGGGAUUAAAAAGUGA